AUGUCUCAGCCGGCGAAAGGAUAUUUACAUAAGGGACCUGUUGAUUGUACCCAGCCGAUCGACACAAGGAGCCUUACAGGCAAGACAGCAAUUGUCACGGGAGGUGCCAAUGGUCUCGGCAAAGGCUAUGUUCGCGCUCUCGUUGCCGAGGGAGUGAACGUGUGUAUUGCAGACUUAAACGAAGAAAAGGGAAAGGAACUAGAAGCAGAGCUGAAGGGCACCAAAUACAUCCAAUGCAACACCUCCAUAUGGGAAGAUCAAGCCCGCCUCUUUCGUGAAGCCGUUUCAUUCUCUCCAACAGGCCGCAUCCAUUUUGUUGUAGCGAACGCUGGCAUUCACCGAUCGGAUGAAGUGUUUCUGUGUUCCAGCGACGAAGAGCCACAGAAGCCUGAUCUGAGUAUAAUCGAUGUCAACAUCCAAGGGACCUUGUACACGGCCAAGUUAGCAGCACACUACUUCAUAAAACAAAAUGGACAGGAGUCCUCGCUAGAACAGGAGGACACAUGUCUGGUCCUUAUCGGAUCCGGUGCAGCUUUCCUUGAUUGCCCUCGAGCCCCUCAGUACUGUGCUAGCAAAUGGGCCAUACGGGGCAUCCUGCAUUCUUUAAGGAGGACGGCUUUCUAUUAUGGUAGCCGGGUAAAUGUAAUCUCGCCAUGGUACGUCAAGACAAAUAUCUUGUCUGAGGAAGCAUUUGCCCAUGUCACAAACGUUGGGGUAAGGUUCGCCACGGUUGAAGAGGCGGGACAUUGUCUUCUGCGAAUUCUUAGCGAUACGAGCAUUAACGGACACUCAUUCUUCAUCUCCGGAUCAAAAUGGGCUCCCCAAGGCUACAUGGAUCUGGACCUUGAAGACUAUCCCGACAAUGAGCUUAUCCAGGAGAUUCAAGAGGAUCAAAUGAAGUCCGCCCCAGUCUCUAUGGGACUAUUUGUGUAG